CUACUGGUUACAAGAGAGAAAGCAGAACAAAGUUGCUGUCUAUAGUUGAUAUCCCGCCCUGCCUUUCCUUUUUCUUUUCUCUUUCCCUCAGGUUUCACCCUACCUGCUCCAGCAGGCCAUCCCUGCGUGCUUUUGCUCCCUUCUCCUUGUUACCGUAUUUUAUUUCUUCCUUGUCUUCUUCUCGUGCCCCCAAAUCGAUUGCCCUUCAUCUGUGGGUUGGUUUUCUUUAUCGAUUUUGUACCUUUCAUUGUGGCCGACCCUCUCCUGCAAUAUAAAGUAUCAAUUUAAAAAUAAAAUAAAAGGUGUAAUAAUAAACGUAGGCAGCGAGGUGAGAAUCGGAUUGCGGCUGAGGAAAAACGGGUGAAGAAAGCAACUGUUAUUGUUGAUGCGCGAGAGCCGAAGCUAGAGGGAGCUAGAGAGAUCUCCCGGCCCGGCGGGCCUGCUCUUCGCGAGGAAAGGCGAGGGAGGCCGCGGGCGCAGAGGCCGCGCUGUGGAAAAUGAGUGACAAUGAUGAUGAUGUUCCUCAGCUUUCAUUCGAAGCCUUAUCUGCUCUACAGGAGUUAUAUAUUGAGCAACAGCAGAGAGAAGACAUUAAGACAACAGAAAGAUUUAAUAACUAUUCUUUUGGCUCAGUAGAAGAGAACUGGCAACUGAGCCAGUUUUGGUAUGAUGCUGAAACUGCACUCCAUUUAGCUAACGAGGCUACAAGAGCAGUUGGAAGAGGUGGCAGAAUAGCAUGUGUUAGUGCACCCAGCGUUUAUCAAAAACUGAAAGAGCAGGAUAACAAAGAUUUUUCAACGUGUAUAUUGGAGUAUGACCAAAGAUUUUCUGUGUAUGGAGCUGAAUAUGUUCUGUAUGAUUACAACAAUCCUCUGAAUCUUCCAGCUAGCCUCACAGCACACAGUUUUGACAUUGUCAUAGCAGAUCCACCCUACUUGUCUGAAGAGUGUCUUAGAAAAACUGCAGAAACCAUAAAAUUCUUAACUAAAGGAAAGAUUCUGCUUUGUACAGGUGCCGUUAUGGAAGAAUAUGCUGCGAAGUAUCUUGGUGUGAAGAUGUGCAAGUUUAUUCCAAAACAUACUCGAAACCUAGCCAAUGAAUUUCGAUGUUAUGUGAAUUAUGACUCAGGACUAGAUUCUGAUUAUGUAUCUUGACAUCACUCAUAAAGAAUUGGCAAAAUA